UCUGCGUUAUUAGUCUCCGAUUAACUGUUUUCAGAAAGCGGUGAGUCCACCGUUUCUACUUUUUAAAACGUUGAAUGGAUUAUCGGCGCUGUAUUUUUAUAAACCAUUUGAAUUGACUACAUUUAUUUGGCAUAAGUUCCUCAUUUCUAAUGAUUACUCCUCAUGAGGUAAAGCCUUAUGUCAGUGAGACACGCAGACAUGGAGAACUUCCAAAACAUUGAGGAUGAGCCUUUUCCAAGCUUCCUUUCAAAUGCCUCGCAGGGCAGAAUUGGCCAGGUCACUCUCAGCAACGUGACGCUGGGCUCUACGCUCGGGAUGCCCAUGGCUGCCUCUACUGUGGCUAAAAUUAGAGCUCCAGUAGACAACAGAGUUACUGAUGUCCAAGCAUCAUAUUUAGAGGAUGGGCAGUUCUCACUCAUUCAUUCUCAGGGGUCGGAGGGGGACAGAGAAAAAUUUGUUCUCAGCCUCAAAGAAGAUUUAGACAAUGUUGAUGACUUCAUUGCUGCUAAUCGUUUCUCCGACCUGCUGGUGAAUGUCAGUUUGGAUGAAACCGAAUCAGCUGCAGUUUCCAAAACUACAUCAGGAAGGAUGGGUCCAUCUCUUGUGUCACCUUCCAUUCCUCUUCAAACCACUGACCUCUCAAAUGGUCUGUUGUCAUUCUCUCAUAUUGAAGACAAAGAUACAGUGGCAGCUCAGGCUGCACUGCUCCCAGUUAUGAUGGAGGAGGAGGAGGAGGAGGAUUCUUCAAGUGAAGGGGCAGACAGUGAAAGGUGCAGUGGCAGCAUUGCCAGCUUCCUGGCCAAUGAGAAGCUGAUGUCUCUGGACAGCAUGAACAGUGAUGUCACUGAUGACGACAAUGAUGAGGAACUGGAACUGUACUUCAACAAACUGAUGCCUCCUGCGAUGCAAAGAGGCAGAGUAGAAGGACAAGAAAUCCCUGUUGAGUUGCCUUUCAGUUCAUCCCACCCCAACUUCACUGAACCUGAGAAGAACAGACACAGUUUCCAUAAUUACUAUGACCAAAGGGAUUUUCGCAUGCCCGAUGUGCGGCUUGCUGCCACAGGUAUGGAUUCUUGUCCUGCCAGUGAUGAAGAGGAUACAGAGGAUGAACUGGAAGCUUCACAGAACCGGGGUAGAGCCAGGUUCCUCCUACCCACCACGUCCAGACAGCUGGUUGGAGAGAGCCAUCGGCCACAUUUUCGACCUGGAUUGGAAGGGGGGAGCUCUGAUGAUGAGUCACAGACUGGAAUCAGGAUCACUGACACCAGGACCGGCAUUGAACACCGCUGCUCAGCAGAGGGACAGGUUAUUAACUCCCCUAUUACAGGUGAUGGAGGAGGAGGAGAUGGGAGCAGUGGGAGUGAAGAAGAUGGAAAUGAUGGAGGUGUUUCUACCAUUCCUUUGCCUCACUCCAGCGUCCAGAGCACUUAUGAUGUGCUGCGUGGCCUGGGCAUUGUGGGAGGAAGUUCAGAGGGUGGAAAUGAUGAUCAGUUUCAGUCUUUGCCAAGCAGAUCAGGCUUGAUUGUACACGGUCAGAUGGGUGACCGUGUUGGUCCAGUUGGCACAGGGGAGGCUGUUCAUACUGCUGUGGCAUCUGGACCUGCCAGCCGAUGUCCAGUCAAUUGGAGCAUGAUUCUGGACAGACAGGAAGCUCUUGACGCAAUGGAUAACCCAACAGAAGUGCAUCUGGACUCCAUAUACCUAAGUGCAGGUGCUGGUCACAACCCCCAAGACAUUUCUGCGUCAGUUAACGCCUUCCUUCAAGGCACCCAGAGCAGUUUCCACCUCUCCAAUGUACUUCAGGAAUCUCACAAUAAAUCAGAGCAGGGGAUGGACCUAGGGCAAACUGUGGAUCUUGGUGCCUUGGGGCUUCGUGGUGGCCCUUGUGGGGAUUCUCCAGUCCUCAGUAAGACGAAGUGCAUCAGCAGUGAUCACCCUGGAGAGUCUCUGGAUCCAAAGUACCUCUCCCAGAGCUUUCAUGAGAAUGAUGAGGAACAUAAUGAUAUUUGGAAUCAGCCACAAGACAGUACAGAACUUGCAUUACAGCAAGGGGCAAACACCACUCAUAGUGUGGUCUAUCAGAAUGAAGAGGGAAAGUGGGUCACUGAUUUGGCCUAUUACUCUUCUUUUGAAAAGGAAAUGGAGGCCAAUAUGCCCGAGGAAGUUGCUAUGCAGUUCCAGUCUGAGGAUUUUAUUGGUGGCAGUCAGGCUAUGGAAAAGAUAAUUGUGGAUCAAGAGGAGUUUGAAAAGGAGCACCAAUUUAUGCAGGAAGAGCAGAUUCAGGCAGUUAAUGCAAGUGAAGUUCUUGGAGACACCUCUUGGAAAGUCCCCACUAAUAGCCACAUCCUCAUGAGGGCCUCCCAGGUCUCCUCUGAAUUUGAAGCUGCUAACCAGAGUUAUCUGCGUAUUUCCCUGGGGGAGUUUUUUCAGAGGCGCUCUGAAGCACUGGGUUGUCUUGGGAGCAGUAAGGAGGACCGUAUUAAAAGGCCCUCUUUUGGUUAUGUCAUCACCUCCCCUGAAAAGAGGGAGCCCAUUGCAUUAAUUCGGCCCUCAGAUGUCUUUAGGGGAAACUCCAUUCACAGUGAGACAGUCCAGCAAAGUGAUGCAGAUAAGACGCUCAAUACAGAUGAUCUAGACAAGACUCUUGAGCCCAACCCAGCUGAAGUCCCAAAUCAGAAUAAAGUGCAACCACAAACACCUGAAAAUUGGGUUUCCCAGACUUCUGCACAAAAUGAAGAUGAGGUGAUUUCUGGCCAUAGCUCAGAAUCACACAACUCCAGCAGCAACCUUAUGCUCAGCAUCAGUACAAUUGCUUCUGCGAUCGCUGAUGCCUCCAUUAGCUCAGAUCCUGCCCAGCUCGCUGCUGUGAUAAUGGAGCUAUCCAAAAGAAGUCGCUCUAAAAGCCGACAACAGGUCGUAGAUGAGCAGAGGACAAGUUCUUUAGCAGCUUCCAAACCGAAUGGUCUACAGGCAGACCAGCAGAAGACCAUGUCGCUGGGAGAUCUGACUACUCCUGAUAUGGAGAAAUAUCUAAUGAGGGCUGAGGUGUCGAGUAAUGACAGCGAUGGCCUCAACUCACAGUCCUGCCUGGACAUCCUCACCUUGGCUGAUAAUUUUGCCAGUGCACACAAGCAGACUCAACAGCAGUUGUCACCUCUGGAAAACGGAACCUCUCAACGCAAUGAAGAGCAUUCUAUUUUAGAAGAGCAACCAGUAAACGGAAAAUACCAGGUUCUCCCAGGAAAUGCAUUAAAAACUCAAAGGUCAGAUGUCAAACGAAGUGCAAUUCCACGACCCAAGACGAGCAGUUUGCCAACAGCCACCGCACAUCCAGCCAAAAGAUCACUGGGCUCUGGACAGUUAUCCUCGUCAUCUUCAUCCUUCAAAUCAAAACCUGCUGAUUUCAAAUCUGGAUUUGAGAAAAGCAAAAAUGAACAUCGAGCAAUACCCUCCACAGGUAAGAGCGUCCCUGAAUCCAGGAUCAAAAUAGGAACAGCUCGACCACAAGUGGCAGGCACUCUCACCACAGAUAACCACCGUUCUCUUAAAGCCGACGGCUCUGUGUCCACUCCUGCCCCAAAGACCUCACCUGUCUUCCGAAGUGGUGGCCGCUCAGAGCUGCCAUCAUUGAAGACCUCCCCACAUACAUCCAAACCCAGGACCACUGGAGAUCGGACAGUUAAACCCAUCAUAAACCAGGCACGAUCACCCAGAAGCCCCAAAGCCACUCUGUCUGUUUCAAAAGAGAAAAUUGCAGCUGUUGAAUGUCAGGAAUCACUGUCAGCAACACAGGAAAAAUUUGGCUCUCCUGAGAACAGUGCCCCUGCUGUUGUGGAGGUCAGCCAUUGUAAUUUCAGACCAUCUACAUCCCCCCUAACACACUCCAGUCCAAGCCAGGCCUCCAUUCCCAGUGGAUAUGGUGAGAUGUCUCCCUGCUCACCCAGCAGUGGUAGGAAUCAGAGGAGCCCUGUUAGAGAUCCUGGUUCCCCUCAGUCUCUUUGCUCAAGCCCAUCUCUCAGCAGACUCACUUACCUCUCCAUUAAUGAGAACACUUGCAUGCCCACCCCUGACCAACAUAAGAAAAACACCUCAAUGGCUCUAAGCACCACUAUUGUAAGAGCAAGCCCAACUCCUCCAGUGGAGCCGUUUGAUAAUGAAAAUGUUCUGGGUUCUUUAAAGAGUCCUGAACCUCUUUGCCAUGCUCAGGUUCCAGGGCUGACCCAAAAGACCUCAGAAAUGGGUUCACACAGCCAAAGUGACAGUGACUUUCAAAAAGACUAUAAAAUUGAAUAUGGUAAAGGCAACUGCCAGUCUGAGCCUGGGCCGAGGCUGUACACUGAAAGGGAUUCUGGGUUUUCAAGCAAGCUAAACAUUCAACAUCCACCCGGGACAGCCACAGAACAGCUGUUGCCUAAUGUCUUAGGAUCUGGAUCUCGUUUUGGCAUUGCUGAUGACUUGACAUAUGGAUCGGUCCCAAGCUACAGCUCUCUGGGUGCCAUGCCAAAUCAUCCCACCACUGUACCCACUCUGCUAACAGGAUGCUCCCUUUUUAGUACCCAGCUUGCACAGCAGUAUCUGGGCUCAGAGGGGCCUCUUCAUGCUCCAGCCUAUCAGAUAAGAGGGCCAUCUGGUUUGUAUGGAGUAUCGGCUGCAGUCUCUGGUGCAAACCCAUCUAUGGGACAUAUGCAUGUACCUAGACCUGCAAAUCUUCAGUAUGGUUAUUUGAAUACUGGUUCACAUCCUCCUCAGUUUCCAGUCAGCAAAAACUACGGGCAGCCAAGUGUUGGGUCAUGGGCCGCACAAGACCUUGCUGAUCUUAGAACUCAAGUGAUUGUUCCCAACGAGCUUAAGUUUUCCAGUUCCUGUUGUGUGGGAAUUGCAUCCCAGACAUCCCUCAGCAUUUUUAACCCCUCAGAGCGCUGGCAGCAAGUUUCUAUCUCCAUCACAAGCCUAUCCAUAGAUGGAGAGAAGGUGGAGUCUCUCCCUUUCCAGUGGCUGAUAGUAAAGAAUAAGACCAUAAUUGGACCCAAAUGUACAGAAGAGCAAAAGGUUUUGUUUAUAGCUCCUAGGGCCGGACUCUAUCAGUGUACACUCAGUGUAUCUUCCUGGCCGGCAUCUGCAGAGACGGAGACUGUGGCACAUGCUGAAGUCUUUGCCAAAAAAGUGGUGCUGAUUGCUAUGGCUGAGAACCCCGCAAUAGAGGUGGAUGUUGGAAAGACAGGCUGGCUGGACUUUGGGGACCUGGCAGGGGGAAGUGCCAAGGCCCUCCCACUCAAACUGGUCAACAGGACUCAUGCCACUGUGCCAAUCCGACUUGUUAUCAGUGCGAAGGCCUCUGCAUGGCAUUGUUUCGGCUUUUCAAAGAGUCCAGUUGCCAUGACCACAGCUGGUUCCGUACAUUCUGGCUCUAACUUGACCUCUCUUUCAACUUCAUCAGUCAUAAACCAUGUCCUGCAUGCCAGUUAUGCAGAGAAUCAAGAGAGCUUCUUAGUGUGGGUUCAUUUCAACGCCCCUCAGAAGUACAUUUCAAGUUCAGGCGAGUUAGGGCCAGUUGAUGAAUACAUUGCGCGGGUGGAUAUCGAGGUGGACAGUCCAGGUCCCAGUCAUGUGAUCCAGACUGUGUCUCUGAGAGCAAGGUCAGGCACUCCCAGAGUGCAUGCACCCAAAGACCUGCAGACUGUUUGUCUUCAGGCUCCUUUGGGGCAGACUGCCAAGCAGACUCUUCCCUUGAAGAAUGCUGGGAACAUUGAUGUCCUGCUCAGACUGAAGUGUACUGAUGGGGACAGCUGCUUUACUGUGAAGCCAGAGGAAUUUACUCUGAGAGCUGGAGAGGAGCAAGGUGUAGUGGUCUCCUUCAUCGCUCAAGGCACACAGAAGCUCAAGGAGAGCAUGUUGACAAUUCUGGUUUUGCCUGGUGGGCCGCAGUAUGAGGUGAUGCUGAAAGGCGAGAUGGUCCAGGGGAUUUCUGGAAAGGUGGCAUCCUCCCAACUUGCUGUAUUACCACAGGCUGAAGUCCCACCCAUCCUCUCCAACAAACAGUUCAUGGCCUGGGGUGGGGUUACUCUAGGCAGAGCAGUGCAACAGAAACUGGUGCUCAGGAACAAUUCCCCGACUACAUCACAACAACUCAGACUUCUCAUCAGGGGGCAAGACCAAGACUGUUUCCAGCUACAAAGUUCAUUUGGCCCAGAUGUGAGACUAACACAUAAUAGAGAGCUGUCAAUCAAACCCAAAGAGGAUGUGACCAUUCACCUGCUCUUUGCUCCCACCCGUGUUGCCUCCAUGCUGGCUAAACUGGAGAUCAAGCAGUCUGCUGCACGUGCUUCUCAGCCUGGUGUCAAAUUCACAAUCCCUCUAUCAGGCUAUGGUGGCACGAGUAAUGUGAUCCUGGAGGAGCUGAGGAAGCAGUCUGAUGGUUAUGUUGCCACUCUGAGUGGAGUGCAGACAGGCCGUGUCAGUAAGCUGUGUGUCUGCGUGCGGAACACUGGUUCACGUGCUGCCUUUGUGAAAGCUGUACCCUACAGUGACCUGCAGAACCGAACUAUCAUGAACUCAACCGUUAUCAGCCUGUCCCCGUCACAGUUUGUCUUGAAAGAAAGAACACAGGAGGUGAUUUCAAUAGCAAUGAAGGCAUCACGCAGAGAGCAGGCUCUCUGUCAGUCCGGUGCAGCUCUCCUUGCCACCAUCUGCCUCUUCUGUGGGGACGAGGUCUCUCGACAGCAGUUUAGGAAGUUACUACAGAAUAAACCAGAGGCAGGGAAGAAAGUACUGUCUGAAAACAGCUUAUUAAAGAGUAUCCCCUUUGAUGAGGUGUUCCUCGGAGAGGAGCUAGUUCAGGAAUCCUAUGAUCUGCCUCAAAGGCCAAAUGAAGCUCAGAUUUUCUUUGGCAACAUGAGCAAGGUGAUGCUGUCACUGUUUGGAACUAUGGAAACAUCAGACUCUGGUGAAUGCGACCAUAUGGAGGCCAUCAGACCCUCACAACGGCUCACUUCUGAGUCAGACAGUGGUUUAGGAUCAUUGGGCCGUCAUAUCAGUAAUGUAUCUCUGGACGUGCUCCCAGUCAAAGGGCCUCCGUUAAGCUCAUCAGAACCUGUGCUGAAACAGACCAAGAUGAACCUGGAGAACACCUGGAGCAUUAAGCCUGAACAGCUGGUUCUCACUGCACCUGCAAUCAACAGUGUGGCUGACACCAGGCAUGUGCAGAUACUGAACCGCUCAAACAGAGACCUGAGGUUUGAGCUGUCCUGGCCUGCUCACUGCCUUACCAUCACCCCACAGCAUGGAGUCAUUGAACCUCAGAGUCACUUGCAAAUCCUCAUCAGUCCCAAUCCUUCCCUAGCAACCAAGUCCUCAAUGCUGCCCUGGAGUGGACAGAUAUACGUACAGUGUGAUGAUCAACAAAAGUCCAUUAAAGUGCAGAUCCGACAGGAUCUGGCCAUGGAUGUCUCGGCCGCUAGCUGUGCCACAGACCGAUCUCUGUGCCCACUGCCUCCCCAGGCUGAGACCCCCAAUGUACCAGGACAGAAACCUCUGAGCAGCAGCACUCAGCCUCAGGUUGAGAUUAAGAACCGAACCAUGGUCUUUCCUUCAACUGCCUCUGGAGAAUCAUCAGAAUGUUCUCUAGAAGUGGAGAACCAUGGAGAGGAGGUGAGGUGGUACCUGUCUUCAUUUGCUCCUCCAUAUGUCAAGGGUGUGGACAGCAGUGGAGAUGUUUAUCGUGCCACAUACUCUGCCUUCAGAUGUGAGAAGGUGUCUGGGACUCUCGGGGUCCAAGAAAGUAUGAAGAUACCGAUCACUUUCAUCCCCCGCGACAGAGGUGAUUAUGCCCAAUUUUGGGAUUUGGAGUGCCACCCAGUAGCCAGACCUCAGCUGAAGGGCAGAGUUCGCUUCCAGCUCUGUGGCACUGGCAUCAGAGCGAGCGACGGGUCCAGUGUUAAAGAAAAUUGCUCGCUGGUAAAAACGGAAGCCACUGUAAAGAACAGGAAGAGACUGGAGUCUGCAGGCUCAAAGAUGGGAUUCCAGACUGAGACACAAAAGAGAGGUGUGUAUGCACCCCAGAGUUUGUACACAUUUCCUGCCACAUGUGUGGGAACCACCAGCACACUGAAGGUUAACUUCAGAAAUAACUCCUCCAACACACAUGAGCUAAAAUUCAUAAGUCCUAAAGAGCCUUUCCACAUCAAGCAUUCAAAUUAUUCCCUAAGAUCACAACACUACAUCAACCUCCCUGUGCAGUUUGUGCCGGCCGCUGCGGGCCAGUUCUGCGGCACGCUGCUCGUGCAGACGGACACAGACGCUAAACUCGCUGUAGAGCUCAUUGGAGAAGCCUUACCAUAAAGACCUGCUCAAUCAACCUCAAGCAGAGGCCACUGCAAAAGCUAAUGAUGAGUUGUUUUGAACAGAGACUUGGACUUUUCCUCUAGGUGCCUUACAAAAGAAUGUCAAAUUUAGUGUUUCACUCCCAUUUUUUGUCAUUUUUAUCAACUGUUAUUUUUAUAGUUAUGGCAUUUUGGAUAAAAACAUGGAGAUUAUAUAUCCAGCAUCAGUUUUUGGUUGCCAUAUUUCACAACCAUUGCAAUCAAUGAUGUAAUGUUUUUGUCCCUGUUUUUUUUUUUUUUUCUAUUGCUUUCUACUGGUCAAAAAAUCGGUCAAGGUGAACUCACUGGUUUACAGAAGUGUAAUCACAUGGAAAAUAUUUUAAAGGAUGAUCUGGAUCAGCAUUAGUUUGAGUGCACAUGCUCUCUACAACACAAAUGUCUUUGUAUAUUAUUGUGUCCUAUAUAUUUAUUUUAAAUCACUGUUGUUGAUAAAUAAAAAUUGCUGAAUUUAUUGACUUUACCUUUUUUAAAAGCAGGAUACAUAUUAGUAAGCAAAAAUAGUUAAAUUAUUGAUUAGCUUUAAUAAAGACAAAGAUUGGCUUAUUGGAAGUUUAGUUUAGUUACCAGUGUA